CCACGGGUUGACGGCUGGUACAGAUGUUGAGAGAGUAACAGAAGAAACAAGACAAGGUUUGAAGCAACAACGGAGCUCUACAGGCGUCUGCGCUGCACCCGGCAGAGGAUGCAACUGGUAUUCAUGGCAGCGGUGCUGGCGCUGGCUGGGGCGGGGGUGGGGCAGAGCUGCAGCUCCAGCUGUCAUCUGACCAACCGCCGCAUCUCCGUGGAGAGCUGUGGCAGAACCGAGUCCAUCCUCACCACCAUGUGUGAAGGGCAGUGUUUCCGAAAGGACCCGGUCUACAUCAGCCUUGCACACCCGACUGAGCAGGAAACGUGUAACGGGGACUGGUCCUAUGAGGUGGUACACAUUGACGGAUGUCCGGAGGGUGUCACUUACCCUGUGGCCAGAAACUGCGAGUGCACCGCGUGUAACCGAGAUGAAAACACGUACUGCGGGACUUUCCCCGGAGACGUGUCCAGCUGUCUGUCCUCUUAAAAGAAACCCAUCGUCUGUCCUACAUCUGCUUAUCGUCUGUCGGACUUGGCGCUGAAAUAAACAGGUGUCACUUUU